AUGCUGAACGGGGGAAGAGUCAGGGUCCCCGUGGGACCUGGGUUAUCGGGCACUGGUGUCGGUGGUAGGGGUGGAGGGAGGAGAGCGCCGGCUUGGGAUCCGUUACCGCAGAUGCUUAGUUCUGAUGGACCUGAGCUUGAGCUCUUGAGUAUCAGGAUCGGGUACGGGGAGCCGUGGGGGGGAGGGGGGUUGAAGUUGAGGUAUCAUACUGAGUGAGUUGUUGGUUCCUUUCUUUCUUUAGGCAACGAGCGGGGGGGGGGGAGGUUUAAGGUUUAUGAGUUUAAGAGUUUUUUUUUUUCCACUUGCGAGCGGAUGGAAGGUGAAUGUCUCGGAUCUAGUUAUGGGAUGAGCCGUUUUGUGUUUUUAUUUUAUUUUUGCUUUUCCUUUUGCUUUUCAUGGUCCUCUAGUGAUGUUUGGUUGGUGGUGGUGGUGGUUGGUGGAGCCUUGGGUAACUCAAGUAUUCAUUUCUCAUUCGCAGGGCGGAAUGUGUUUCUUUCGAGGGUCCCAUGAAGUUAGGCAUGCUCGUGCCGCUGGAGGAACUCCUCCUAAAGGAUAACCAAGACGGGAGUAUAUCAGUCUUCUUUCGGAGGCAGUUUAGGCGGAAGGUGUGUACGUCCUUUGUUGCUAUUGGGCCGUUCAUGUUAAGUAGUCUACUAUCAUAAAAAAGAAAAGAGAUCUAACUUGAUAUCUGGUAUGCCUUUAGUAUUACACUUGGGACGAAGGGCUCCCACGAUAUCCAGAGCAUAUUCAUGCCUUUAAACAGGAACUUAACCAGGAAUUGCAUAUGUGGUGCCUUGUGACCGGAUACGAUGCAGUUGCUCGAGCAGCGCACUUUGUCAGAAAGGUACAGUUGAAUAUCUUACCCUAACCCUUAUCCCCACCCCCGUGUCCCCCAUCACAGGGGAGGGUGUAAGUUAACCGUUUUCAACAGAUAAAGCAGGGUCGCCAAGGAAUCUCCGCCCUUCCUCAGCGUGCCUCAGACUUCCCUGCAUACGAGUCAACCCAUCGCCCCCGAGCACCUACCUCCUCACGUAACCCCCCACCCGCACCCGAACCAACGGUGCGCUUCCAGGAUGAUCCAGAGCCGGAUAGGUCCCCACCGAGAUACCGCAACCCGGGCCCGUACUUCCCGGACAGGGAACCAGACGCCCAACCUUCUCUUCCCCGUCGCAACUCAUACCAGCGGUUUCCGCGUGCUCCCCCGCCAGCACCGAAUCCACCACCGCUGGGGCCGCAUAGGCCGAAUCCGCUGCGGGGCGGGGGAGAAGACAGGGGCUACGACUACGACUCUGAUGUCCCCAUUCCCGCACCGCCAGCGGCUCCCGCUCCUCCGCCUGCGCCUCCAGCUCCACAGCAGGUCCCGCAACGGUACGCCUCUCCAGCGCCAGCGACAAGGCAAAUAUUUGCAAUGGUCUACAGACGCUCUCCGGUGGACGCGGGGGUCGAAAUUCGACCGGCGAGUAUUAGCUCUAGCUUUGAAGGAUUGCAGAGACAGGCGAGGUCGCACUGGAAUCUCCUGGAGUUGAGGCUUUUCGGGAAAGUGGAUGGGUUGAAGAUGAACCUUAACUCGCAGAGCGAUUUGGAGGCGUACGUGAAGUUAUGCCAGGGCACAGUCAGGCUGAUUGUCGAGGUCGAAUAG